CGAAGAACAGACGACAUACUCUCUCUCUCUCUCUCUUUGUCUCUCUCUACUCUCUAGACAGUCGAUUAAAGGUGCACAAAUGUGCGGAAAGAUGGAGCACAUCCACAUGGAACACAAGGGCUUACUAGGUGGAGAAUUUAAAGAUGGAAUCUGCGCCUCAGUUCCCAGCCCCCUUCCUGGCACAUCAAGCAGGCCGAACAGCAUGGUUGUGAAGAAGGUUUGCCCGCGGGAGUUCAUCCCGGCGCACAUCAUCGCGGAGGCGAUCUCGACGCUGCACGGGCUGGACCUGCGGUGGUCGGGGCCCAUCACGCCCAGCGAGCGGCAGUACGUGGAGCAGUACGUGCUGGCCAUGUACCCGCAGUACUCGCACGGCCUCAUCGAGGACGGCAGCUGCGACAAGGACGACCUCUACUCCACCUACUACAUGUCGCCGGAGGCCGGCGGCGAGCGGCAGCGUUCGUCGCCGGCGGGGUCGCCGUCGUCGUCGGCCGGCACGAGGCCCGACUCGGCGGACACGGUCCGGCUGGAGCCGUCGCGGCUGCUGGACAUGCUCACCAAGAAGUCGUCCUUCCCGGGGAGCUUCAUCUCGAUCCCGGAGAUCCAGGCCAGGAACCGCGUGCUCAGCCACUGCGGCCUCACCGACGACGAGUACCUCGUCCUCUUCGCGCCCACGCCGAGGGACGCCAUGAUGCUGAUUGGCGAGAGCUACCCGUUCUUCCGGAGCAGCUACUACAUGUCGAUCCUGGACGAGGAGAGCGACAGCAUCCGCGCCUUCGCGGCGUACAAGGAGGCGAAGGUGAUCGCGGCGCCGGAGUCGUGGCUGGACCUGCGCAUCAAGGGGUCGCAGCUGAGCCAGUACUUCCGGCGCAAGUCCAAGCACGCGCCCAAGGGUCUGUUCGCGUACCCGGCCGUCGUCUCCCCCUCCUCUUCGUCGCCGUCCGCCGCCGCCGCCUCGCGGUACUCGCUGCACUGGGUGUCCGAGGCGCACCGCAACGCGUGGCACGUGGUCCUGGACGCCACCGCGCUGGCCGUCGGCGAGGACCGCCUCCCGCUCUCGCUGCACCGCCCGGACUUCGUGCUGUGCACGCUCGGCGACGCCACGCGGCAGCAGCAGCAGCAGCAGCCAGCUGCGAGGGUCACCUGCCUCCUCGUCAGGAGGCGGUCCUUCGAUACCUCCCUCUCCUCCCAGCCGCAGAGGCAGUAGCCACUAGCCACAGCGAAUUGGUGUUUGCGAGAGAAAUAGAAAUCGAAGCAGGCGCGCGUGUUGCAAGAUUGCUGCUUCUUGCCUGUGACUGUGAGCUAGCCGUUUGGCUUGUGACUGCUGCAAGCAAAUUGGUGUUUAGCCGAUUCCGUUAUCGUGUGAUGCAUGGUGAAACAUUACAAUAAUAAAUAAAUACAUAAACACCAUUUUGACAGAGU